UGGAACGACAACUCUCCUGUGAGAUUGGACGAAGUCAUGGCUACAUCGGACGCUGAUUAGCAUUUUAGAUGUUUCUAAUGCGGUUGUUAAGAUUAAUACCUUCUGACGAUAAUAAAUUAUGGAUGUAAGUCAUGUAAGCACUCUUCGAGUGGCUUUCACCCCAGCCCACAUUCAGCUCACUUGUGACGGUGUCUAUCUGGCACUACCCAAAACACGGACAGUGAUAGGAGUCUGGAGUUUACAGGACCUGUCUUACAAGCCAUUGGAGCUAGUGGGUCAUGGGAAGACGUUGACUGCACUUGCUCUAGGAUAUGUGGCCCUCAACAAACUUCUCGUUUCUGCAGCUGAUGACUAUGUCAUUGUCUGGGACCUACAGAAGGCUCGACAGCAAGUAGAAAAAGGGGAAAAGGUCCGGGGCAGAGUGAUUGGCACUACUCUGGGAUAUGUACGAUACUGUGCACUCAGUCCUGAUGACUCUAAAGUAGCAGUGUGCACUGGAUAUGAAAUAGUCAUCUUACUAACUCAGCGUGAGUGCAAGGUGGCAGUGCUGGAGGGCCACGAUGGUCCGGUGACAGCGGCAGAGUUCUGUCCCCACUACACUGCCACCCUUGUCUCCAUUUCUGAGGAUAGGACCUUCAAGGUGUGGAACGUGUGUGACCUGACGCUGGUCUACCAGUCCCCCAUCCUCACCGCCUCCCCUUUCCUCAGCAUGGCCAUGAGUCUCCAUGACCCCAGGGUGGCCAUUGGGGCUGCAGACGGAAUGGUGCGAGUUAUUGACUUAACUGAUGGGAAUGAUUUUCGCUGCCUGCACCAAGUGGAUGCCAACAAGAUUGUAACGAAGGAGCAAGAGAAUAGAUACCUGGCCCAAGCAGAAAUCAAGAAAGGUCCUGUGAAGGUGAGUAGCCGGGUGCCAUGGCGACAGACAGGCCGGUUCAGUGAGGGCCAGGACGAGGUUGGCUCUGGUCCCCUGGUGGAGGCAGGAUCAUCAGUCCUCGGUCUCUACUUCACCUAUGUGCACCAGGACUCGAGACAAACCUCUGCUCAGUCUCGAGACCUGCCCUUCCUUCAAACCAAGACCAGUGUUGUCAGUGAUCUGCUGACUGACUCGCCCAUGCUGCUGGUCGGCACCACAGCGGGGCUGGUGAGGGUGAAUGCCCGAUCCCUGGACGCCUGUCAGUAUAUUGACCUGCAGGAUCCAAUAUGCUGUACCAGCAGCCUUGAGAGUGACAAUAAGGUCUUCAAUGCCGCUGGCUCAAUCAUAUUCGGUCAAGGAGCCAACCAACAGAUGUGGUGUGUAAUAGGCAGCCCAUUUGAGAAUGUAGUACAUGUAUUGAAAUGGAACCAGUCAAAGGAGAAGGAGAGAGUCAGUUCGCUCACAAAGUCACAUGACCCGUCACAUGAUCUCAGUCUGGAAGAUGGACUGUCAGGAGACAGGUCUGUGGGAAGUCCCCCGUCUAGAGCUAGCAGUGUUCAGAAGCAGCCAGAUUUAUCAGUAUUGUCCAAGGCUAGUCUGUUAGAUGACUCUCCAUUGAGGGCUGACAUUACCUCAAAACAAAAGGAAAACAAGGAGCGAAGGCCAAGAGAAUAUGUAAGUCCGACAAAGAAAGGUGUUAUCAAAGACAAUCAGCCCCUCACCUUCAAAACGAAGAUCAAAUCUUCAGGCUACACCACACAACCACGAACAACCAUGUUUCAGCCACAGACUAUUUUCAACGGGAAGUCCAGAACACCAGUCAAAUCAAGUCCAAAGCCCAGACCAGUGCAAGAGUACCCUGUGCAGGGCAGCCCCCCACAGCACCUGACCUUGAAAGAGAAUGUGGCAGAGAGACCCACCGCAGUCAGUGCAAUAGCAGUCUCAGAUGAAGGGAGCCAUCUUGCCUGUGCUCUAGCCAACAAGUCAGCCCUUGUGUUCUCUCUGCCCAUCUCCAAGAAAGGCUGUUCAGCGUAUACAGGCCACAAUCAUGUUGUGUCUGAUGUGUGUUGGAGCCAAUGUGGCUCACGUCUCAUUACUUCCUCUGAAGACAAAACAGCACGGGUCUGGGUGAAAGGGCAGUCAGAGCCUGUGCUUGUGUUUGACAGGGUCUUAAAAAACACCAGAUCAGAGCGCAAGGAGAACCCCCUAUUCAGCAAGGAGAUUCACUUUGCCAAGUUCUACUUCAUGGACAAAUUCAUCCUGCUGAGCUCGGUCAACACCCUGUACAUGUACAAGUACUUCAUAGACCUUAACAAGAACGAUAUUCAAAGGUAUUUAGUGCAGAGCAAGUACAAACUGGUCCAAAGUUGGAACAUGGACUCCCAACAAGUGACUGCAAUGACAGCUGUUAACAGCUUUCUCUCGUACAUCGUGUUGUGUGCCUGCAGCAAUAAGAGUAUUGAGCUGUUUGACAUGAAUGUUGGACAGCAGGUGAGGAAGAUGACCGAUGUACACUCCAGGCUUGUCCAUGCUGUCUGCCAAAAUGAGGGAUCUCAGUAUGUAUCCCAUCCAUCAGGGGCCUAUGAUCUGUUUGCAUCCGCAGCUGCAGGGGACUGCAUCAAGCUGUGGGACCUCCGCACUAACAGAUGUGUUCGGCGAUAUGAGGGUCACCUAAACCGCGUGCACCCGUGUGGCCUGGCCUUCAGUCCCUGUGGCAGGUUCAUUGCGACAGGAUCCGAGGACAAGUGUUCGUACAUAUUCGACAUGCGGUCAGGAACGUACCUACACAAGCUGCAGGGCCAGACGGACGUCGUGUCAGAUGUCGCCUUCCACCCCCUUAACCCUCAGUUGUUCACGUCAAGUCUGGAUGGGCGUAUUGCGUUGUACAACAACAGAUGAGAUGAUAAAUUCACACACACUGUUACACACUGGGCACACUGACGGCAGGACAGUGUCUCACGCACAUCUAGACUGAACGUGGCACAUUGACGUACAGUCGUUAUACACUGACAUCAGCCGUGUGUGGUUGCUGCACAGAACACUAUUUCUGCAUCGUGAUACACGUAACAUAUGCAACGAUGACGUUAUAUGUUUCAUUGCCUUGCAAUCAUUUUAGUUCCCUACCAGUGAAACGGGGGGGGGGGGGGGGGGGGGGGACUUAUGGUUUGCGCUCUGUGAGUCUAUCAGUCUGUCACACUUGUCUGGAUCCUGUGAUAACUUUAAAAGUUCUUCAUAUUUUUUCAUGAAACUUGAAACAUGGACAGGUGGCAAUAUGGAGAUUAUGCACAUCAUUUCAUUUUGUUCCUACGUCAAGAAUUCUGGUUGCUAUGGCAACAAAUAGACUAGAAAUAUUGCUGAAAAUGGCGGAGUUUAACCGUUAGGGGACAUUUAUUGCUUGGCAAUAGUCUUGUUUAAUAAUGUUAUUGUUAUUAUUAUUAUAUUGUUUGUUAAAAAAAAGAUUUUCAAGCGCGUAUGUUCGUCUGCUUCAAGAAUCAACUUCACAAAACAGUACUGUCAAUAGUUAUGUACACAUGAUCUCUUGACAGUGUCCUUUCGCUCUAGAUUACAAGUCUUUAGCCUUCUCUUUGCAUGGCGAGUCAAUACUUUCUAUGAUAUGUAUAUAUUCAUGUACAUAUUGAGGUUUUCACAUCCAUGCUCUUUGUAACAGCUUGCAGCAUUCCAAUGAUCUCUACAGACCUGAAAUAUUGGCCGUGCUCUGUUAAAAGCAGGUUUAAUGCAUAAAGUGUCGUCUCAGAUUAGGCUGUGCAGUCCGCACAGGCUAAUCAGUGUUGACACUUUCCGCCUAAACUGCAUUUUUGCUAAGACGAGACUUUCUUCAAUUGAAAAAUAUCAUAAAAGCGGAAAGUGUCGUCCCUGAUUAGCCUGUGAGGACUGCACAGGCUAAUCUGGGGCGACACUACGCACAAGCAUAAAAACCUCUUUUCACAGAGCACGGCCCAUUUGUUAUUUCAAGGAAUCGGGCUUGAGAAGUCUGCAGCUGUAAGUAACGAAAAUAAAUCUGCUUUAUGUGAAAGAUAAUUCAAAAUAAUAAUUAGUAGCCCUACUCUCUUUGUAAUUGUUUCUUUUUUAUGUGCGUUCAACCCUUGACUUAGCUACUCGUGUUUAUUAUUGAACAUCGCGUGAAUGCUUUACUCAAACGCAUGAUAACAUCACUCACAAUGCAAGUAAAACAGCAUGACACAGUCCACAAAUACACCAUGAUUUCUUCUUGCGUAUUUGAUAGUAUGAUAAGUGAAACUUUUUUCCCAUUUCUUUUUAGUACGCGUGCCAUAACUCUCGACCUGCACACGGUAGUACGCGUGCCAUAACUCUCGACCUGCACACGGUGGUGGACACGUAGUUAUUUCCGCCAAACGCGAAUCAUCCGAACAAAUUUUAAAAUUGUUUAUGCGCGUUCAUCAAAUAUACCGAUGUGCGGUUGAUUAAAUCGUUAGGUUUGGAAACUUACAGCUGUUGCAGCGUACAUAUUCUAUUUAUUCAGUUCUCAUAAUAACUUAUUGUCGUUUGCACAUGCAGUACACAAUAAAGACAAAAGCGAAGCCGACACCCAGGUGAAGCUGUCGAGACCACGAGGCCAAUAAUAAUCGAUUGUGGCGACAUGCAACCUUUCUUUCACUGAUCAGUUUAAAUAGAGAAGCUGGAUGCUAAUGGUUCUAAAAAAACAGAGAGAAUACGUUCGCAUAUCAUUCAAGUUACAAAUAUUUUUUAUUGACACAGUGACACUGGCGAUAUAAUAGCUUUGAUAUUGUACAUGUGGAUGCCUGCAUUAAUGGUGCAAAAUACAAGAUGAUAUCGAAUAAAGAAUUAAAAUGUUAUUCACAG